AUGGUGCUUGCUGUGGUAAGGACGGGUGGUGCGGAUAUGGACCGAAAUACUGCGGCGCUGGAUGCAUCAGCAACUGCAACGCCCAUGCCGAAGUUUUGCACCGGAAAGUGUCAGUCUCACUGUGUAGAGCAUCCGAAGCCUCCCGGGGGUGGAGGGACUAGCAACACGCUGUCAAAGGUCAUCGGCUACUACGAGGCAUGGCACGACGAAUCGAAAUGUCAUCUAACUAGUGCCGACGACCUCCCCGUGGAUGGCCUCACCCACCUGAAUUACGCGUUCGCAUAUAUCGACCCUAAGUCCUUCAAGAUCACAACCAUGGAUGCUGCGACGCCAGCUCGUACGUUUGAGGACGUAGCCAGCCUGAAGCUCAAAAACCCAAACCUGCAACUGUUUGUGAGUCUCGGUGGCUGGUCGUUUUCCGACAACGACACAGCGACGCAGCCGGUUUUUGGGAACAUUGCGCGCAGUUCUACCAACCGCCGACAGUUUGCGGACAACCUUCUUAAAUUUCUGAAUACUUACGGAUACGAUGGGGUAGACAUCGACUGGGAAUACCCCGGAGCUCCCGAUCGAGGCGGCAAGCCAGACGAUACCAAGAACUACGUCUUGCUGGUUGAGACGCUCCGUAAAAGAUUCGAUGACUCGGGCCGCAAGCUGGGUAUCACCUUUACUGCCCCCUCGUCCUUUUGGUAUUUACGCUGGUUUGAUCUUCCUGGGAUGGUGAAACAUGUCGACUGGAUCAAUAUCAUGUCAUAUGAUCUACACGGCGUGUGGGAUAGCAACAAUCCUCUUGGAUCUUUUGUCCGAGGCCACACAAAUCUCACCGAGAUCAAUCUUACCGCAGAGCUCUUCUGGCGCGUCAAGAUACCGCCUUCAAAGCUUGCCCUCGGCUUUGGCUUCUAUGGAAGGGCUUUCACGUUGUCAGACCCGAACUGUACCAAACCCGGUUGUCCCUUCAGCGGCGGCGCUAGGCCGGGUGUGUGCACAGGGACAAGCGGAUACCUCGCCCACUACGAGAUCCAGGAUAUCAUUAGGAAGAACAAGAAAAGAGGUUUGGUGCCUAUACACGACAAAAAGGCGGCGGUGAAGUAUAUGACAUGGGACAACGACCAGUGGAUCUCGUACGACGAUGUCGACACCUUUAAACAGAAGAUCAAGUGGGCGGACAGCAUCCGGUUUGGGGGGUCGUUGAUCUGGGCAUCCGACUUGGACGAUUACGAGUUCACAGCCCACAAGGGACUUACCGGAAAUACCAAGCUUGGCAGUGCGCUCUCCAAGAAUCAGACAGCGACGCCAGUGGUGGCUGAGAUCGACUCUAGUUUUGGCAACAACUGCUACAAAGAGGGGAACCAGUUCAUACAGUCAUGCGAAAGGGGGUUUGUCAAGGUAGGAGCAGACAGAGACGGCAUAGACUGUGGUAACAUCCAUGAGUCCGCCUGCGGCCGCAUCAUCUGCUGCCCGAAGACGUCGGGUAUGACCGACUGCAUGUGGCGCGGGUCUGGAGGAGAUUGCAACGGGCAAUGUCACGAGGGCGAGGUCAAGCUCGCGUCGUCCAGCUGGGGCGGUAAACCUGGCGAGUCAAGCCCGACUGGAAGGUGCAACCGAGGCGACAAGGCGUUUUGUUGCAAAGCCGCUCAAUACGCCAGUUUGACCGAGAACUGCCGCUGGACUAAUAGCUGCGGCAGCAAUUGCAACUCGGACGAGGAGAGCGUUGCCUAUGCCUACGACCAGCCUGGGUGGGGGGCAAAUGUCUUCUGCAAUGGCUUUCACUAUUGUUGUAAGAAGGACCGCCCGAUCCCCUUACGGAACUGCCAUUGGGUCGGCCAAGGAGACUGCGCCGACAACACCUGCGCCAAGUCCGAGGUAACUCUGUGGACUAAUUAUAGAGGCGACUCUUACUGGGGUUGUGCCUGGUACCGGAAAAAGGCACUCUGCUGCACGCCCAAUGCGGACGCCUUAGAGGAGGACGUUUGCGAUUACAAUCCGUGCGACGACGAUCCGGAUAUGUGCAGCGAUGGACUGAGCGACCUAUGGGGCGCUUCAAGGACAAAGCCGGUCAGGCGAACAUACAUCGACGAAGACGGACUCGAAUAUGAGUACCUGGACAAGGGGGUUGGUGCGACGCCUGGACUGCCGAGGCAAAUCAACCUCAAACUGCUCACGCGCAUGCUCACCUGGAACUCUCGCCCAUAUCCAACUGGGGAUAAGCGAAACUUCCUUUUCCGCCCGGGGACUGGGCUCGCUACGAUGUGGCUUAAGGGCGGCUAUGACAAGGCAAGUAGGGUUUGCACCGACCCCGGGCUGGUUUUCACCAAAGCGUCGGACCUGGCCAGAACCGGCUUCCAGACCGAGCAUCUGUUCGAGGUCCAACUCCCCAAGAAGCUGCUGGAAACAGCAGUCAGCGGUGUUCUGCCAAAGAUCGGACAGGGUGUCACGCCGAUUCUGAAAACGGCACGGCUCGCCGAGGACAGCCUCUAUGCCGGCUGGAAUAAGCUCUAUGCGCCCAGCGUCAACCUGAACAAGUUUUACGAGGUCGUCAAAGGCGUGCCGAGCAGCUACGUGGCGCCGGCGAACACUCCCGCCGACCGACUCAUGACGGCCAUUGGGGAUUGGGGCAACAUGCAGAACCUGCUCCUUGUCGCCGGUGACGUCAAUUGGGUCAAGGGCAAGCUCUUCUCGCUGGAAAACCCCAUGGCCACAUCAACUUUGCGCAAAGCCGUCAGUGACGCCCUAAAAGGGGACGAGAUGGCAGCCAAAAAAAUCGAGGUUGUCCUCCAAAGUGUGUUCUCUGUCUUCAGAUAUAUGAACGACGCGGCGACCGAGGUUGUAUGGCGCCACGCCUACUACUCCAUCAACAAAGAGAUCGAGAACAUGGACCAAUAUAUGCCCCAGCUCCACGGUAUCAAAGCCAUCUGGGAUGAAUUUUUGCCCGCAUACCAAGGCGCUGUGUCCGACAAGGCAGUUGCGUUUAUUCGGGAUGUAUACUACUAUAUCAACUUUUAUGUGUCACCAGACAAGGCUGGGCUGAGCGAUCACCUCGGUAAGAUGGUUUGGACGGCGGGAAACUAUGCCAAAAGGACUGGCGAACUCCAUUGGCAGAAAGAUUUUUCUGGCUAG